AGCCAACGCGAGCCAGAGGACUCAGAGAUGCCCUGGACCAUGCCCCCGCUGGCCCCCAGCUGGGACGUGGACGUGCCUCCCACCCAGCGCCCACCCUCGCCCUGGCCAGGAGGCCCUAGCAGCCUCCGUGGCUUCUCCAGACCACCCCCUGUACCCAAAAACCCCUUCCUCCAGCACGUGGGCCCAGUGCCCUCCCCUGCUCUCCAGCCUAAGGACACAGCCUCUGACUCAACCAGGAUCUUUCUGGGUAGACACCACGACCCAGGGUCUGGACAGCUGAGCAAAUCAGCCAGCCUGACCCCCAAGAAGCCAGAAGAAGAGGGCUGCACACGGGAUCCCCAGCCACCAGCAGAGCCUGAGCCCCCCACUCUGAAACCCCCCAAGGAUUCCCUUCCAGAGCAGAAAGCACUAAGACUCAGCCUCUCCCACCCACUGACUGUAUCUGACCAGAUGAGGGCCACAUGGCCACCAUGGCGCCGCUGGGGGACCCUGCCCAGCACCCCAUCCCCCUUGGUGCCCACUGGGGCCCCGGGGCCCCUGCCCAGGGCAGGUGAGCGGCGCCAGGCAAGCCCUGGACGUUUUGCUGUGGUAAUGCCUCGUGUGCAGAAGCUGAACUCUUUCCAGCGAGCUGGUCCUGCCCUCGUGCAGCCCCCCGUCCAGCUAACCCAGGACCCGGAGCCUGGCCCCAAGCCAAGAGCCUGGAGUCUACUUUGGUUCCGCUUCUGGCUGCAGGGGGAGACCCACCAACCCUGGCUGCACGUACCCACCCAUCCCCCAUCCUGCCGCCUGGGCCCUGGAGCUGCCUGCCUGCACCAUGGGGGCCCCUGGGAAGAGGUUGGACCCAAAAGCUGGUGGAACAAGAUGCACUCCAUCCGCAACCUGCCGGCUCGGUUCCGAGAGCAGCACCAGGAGGACGGCGUGGAGGACAUGACUCAGCUGGAAGACCUCCAGGAGACCACCGUGCUAUCCAACCUCAAGACCAGAUUUGAACGGAACCUCAUCUACACGUACAUCGGCAGCAUCCUGGUGUCGGUGAACCCAUACCGAAUGUUCGGGAUCUACGGGCCGGAGCAGGUGCAGCAGUACAGCGGGCGGGCCCUGGCCGAGAAUCCCCCGCAUCUCUUUGCAGUUGCAAACCUCGCCUUUGCCAAAAUGCUCGAUGCCAAACAGAACCAGUGCAUAAUCAUCAGCGGAGAGAGCGGCUCUGGAAAAACUGAGGCCACCAAGCUGAUUCUGCGCUACCUGGCCGCCAUGAACCAGAAACGGGGCAUCACCCAGCAGAUAAAGAUCCUGGAGGCGACACCCCUCCUGGAGUCCUUCGGUAACGCCAAAACUGUCCGGAAUGACAACUCCAGCCGCUUCGGGAAGUUCAUGGAGAUCUUUCUGGAAGGGGGCGCAGUCUCUGGUGCCAUAACCUCCCAGUACCUGCUCGAGAAAUCCAGGAUUGUGUUUCAGGCCAAAAACGAGAGGAACUACCACAUCUUCUAUGAGCUGCUGGCCGGGCUGCCGGCCCAGCUCCGGCAGGCCUUCCGCCUGCAGGGAGCCGAGACCUACUACUACCUGAACCAGGGUGGGAACUGUGAGAUCUCGGGGAAGAGCGACUCGGACGACUUCCGCCGGCUCCUGGCCGCCAUGGAGGUGCUGGGCUUCAGCGGUGAGGACCAGGACAGCAUCUUCCGCAUCCUGGCCUCCAUCCUGCACCUGGGCAACGUCUACUUUGAGAAGUAUGAGACGGACGCGCAGGAGGUGGCCUCGGUGGUGAGCGCCCGGGAGAUCCAGGCCGUGGCGGAGCUGCUGCAGAUCUCCCCGGAGGGCCUGCAGAAGGCCAUCACCUUCAAAGUGACCGAGACAAUGCGAGAGAAGAUCUUCACGCCCCUGACCGUGGAGAGCGCCGUGGAUGCCAGGGAUGCCAUCGCCAAGGUCCUGUAUGCACUGCUCUUCGGCUGGCUCAUCUCCAGGAUCAACGCGCUGGUGUCCCCGCAGCAAGACGCCCUGUCCAUCGCCAUCCUGGACAUCUACGGCUUCGAGGACUUGAGCUUCAACAGCUUUGAGCAGCUUUGCAUCAACUAUGCCAACGAAAGCCUUCAGUACCUCUUCAACAAGAUCAUCUUCCAGGAGGAGCAGGAGGAGUACACCCGGGAACAGAUCGACUGGCGGGAGAUCGCCUUCGUGGACAACCAGCCCUGCAUCAACCUCAUCUCCCUGAAGCCCUAUGGCAUUUUGCGCAUCCUGGACGACCAGUGCUGCUUUCCCCAGGCCACAGACCACACGUUUCUGCAGAAGUGCCAUUACCAUCAUGGCACCAACCCACUCUACUCCAAACCCAAGAUGCCACUGCCCGAGUUCACCAUCAGGCACUACGCUGGCAAAGUCACCUACCAGGUGCAUAAGUUCCUGGACAAGAACCACGACCAGGUGCGCCAGGACGUGCUGGACCUAUUUGUGCGGAGCCGGACCCGGGUGGUGGCCCACCUCUUCUCUAGCCAUGCCCCUCAGGCAGUCCCCCAGCGCCUGGGCCAGAGCAGCUCCGUCUCCCGGCUCUACAAGGCACACACCGUGGCUGCUAAGUUCCAGCAGUCGCUCCUGGAUCUGGUGGAGAAGAUGGAAAGGUGUAACCCCUUGUUCGUGAGGUGCCUGAAGCCCAACCACAAGAAGGAGCCCGGCCUCUUUGAGCCAGACGUGGUGAUGGCACAGUUACGCUAUUCUGGGGUGCUGGACACUGUGCGGAUCCGCAAGGAGGGCUUUCCAGUGCGGCUGCCCUUCCAGGUGUUCAUCGACAGGUACCGCUGUCUGGUGGCCCUCCAGCGCGACCUACCCGCCAGUGGGGACAUGUGUGUGUCGGUGCUGAGCCGCCUGUGCACAGUCACGCCCAACAUGUACCGCGUCGGUGUCAGCAAGCUGUUCCUUAAGGAGCACCUCCACCAGCUGCUGGAGGGCAUGAGGGGGCACGCCCUGAACCUGGCAGCCCUCACGCUGCAGCGCUGCCUCCGCGGCUUCUUCAUCCAGCGGCGUUUCCGCUCUCUGCGCCGCAAGAUCAUCCUCCUGCAAAGCCGGGCCCGAGGCUACCUGGCCAGGCAGCGGUAUCAGCAGAUGAGGAGGAGUCUGGUGAAGUUCCGGUCCCUGGUGCACAUGUACAUGAGCCACCGGCGUUACCUCAAGGAGCUGAGCAAGCGGCAGGUGGUGGCUGUGGGGCACCUGGAGGUGCCAGCAGAGCUGGCUGGGCUCUUGCGAGCCGUGACAGGUCUCAGGAUGGCCCAGGGCCCCCAGGUGGCCCCCGUGCGGACUCCCCGGCUUCAGGCCGAGCCCCGGGUCACCUUGCCCCUGGACAUCAACAACCACCCCAUGGCCAAGUUUGUCCGGUGCCACUUCAGGGAACCUGCCUUCGGGAUGCUGACAGUGCCCCUGAGGACACCCCUCACGUGGCUGCCGGCCGAGCACCACGCAGAGGCCGUGGGAAUCUUCAAGCUGAUCCUGCGUUUCAUGGGCGACCCCCAGCUGCACGGUGCCCGGGACAGCGUCUUCGGGAACUACAUCGUCCAGAAAGGGCUGGCGGUGCCUGAGCUGCGGGACGAGAUCCUGGUGCAGCUGACCAACCAGGUGUGGCGCAACCCCAGCGCCCACAACGCUGAGCGGGGCUGGCUCUUGCUGGCCGCCUGCCUAGGUGGCUUCGCACCUUCCUCACGCUUCGACAAGUAUCUGCUCAAGUUUGUGUCUGAUCAUGGGCGGGAUGGCUUCCAGGCCGUGUGUCAGCAUCGCCUCAUGCAGGCCAUGGGCCGGGCCCAGCAGCAGGGCUCCAGGGCUGCCCGCACCUUCCCUCCCAGCCAGCUCGAGUGGACGGCUGCCCAGGAGAAGGCCGGCAUGGCGCUGGACGUGGGCUGCCUCAACGGUGACCAGUUCUCCUGCCCGGUGCACUCCUGGAGUACGGGGGAAGAGGUGGCUGGAGACAUUCUGAGGCACAGGGGGCUGACGGAUGGCUGGCGGGGCUGGACGGUGGCCAUGAAGAAUGGGGUCCAGUGGGCAGAGCUGGCGGGCCAUGACUACGUGCUGGACCUGGUGUCGGACCUAGAGCUGCUCAGGGACUUCCCGCGACAGAAGUCCUACUUCAUUGUGGGUGCAGAGGAGCCCACGGCUGGCAAGGGAGGCCCCAGAGUGCUGUUCGGGGACAGCUGGGACUCGGAGGAGGAGGCGCCUGCUAGGCCACAGCCCCAGGGGCAUGUGCCCCAAGUGGCUGACUCUGAUGGGUACUGCAGUCACAAGGAGGAUGGUACAAAUGGGGAGACUGAGGCCCAGAGAGGGACAGCGACCCACCAAGACUCGGACAGCCUUGGAGAGCCCGCUGUGCCCCACAAGGGGCUGGACUGCUACCUGGACAGCCUCUUCAGCCCUGUGCUGUCCUAUGGGGACGCGGACCUGGAGAAGCCAACGGCCAUGGCCUGUCGCAUGAAGGGGCAGCCAGCCUGGCGGGGUGGCAGCAGCAGCACCAACGGCACCACCGGGAGACCUCCAGAGCCCAAGCCAAAGCCAAUUCCAGGCCUGGACGCCUCCACGUUGGCUCUGCAGCAAGCCUUCAUCCACAAGCAAGCCGUGCUGCUGGCCCGGGAGAUGGCCCUGCAGGCCAUGGCGUUGCAGCAGCCGCCCCUGAGGCCCGCGCCCAGGCCCUUGCCCCCAGAGAAACCUCUGGCGCUGGAGGCUCAGCCCAAGUUCGUAGGCACGGGACCCCCGGCCAAGCCCGUGCUCCUGCGCUCCGCUCCGAAGCCCGCAGCCCCUGCCCCUCUGGCCAAGGCCCCGAGGCCCCCCACCAAGCCCGUGGCUGCCCCCAUUCUAGCUCAGGGCAGGGCUUCUCCGGAAACCACGUCACCCUGCCCAGAGCUGGUUCGGUCCUCGACCCUCAACUCGGAGCACUUCCCGCAGCCCACGCAGCAGAUCAAGAACAUCGUCAGGCAGUACCAGCAGCCGCCCCGGGGAGGCCGGCCCGAGGCACUCAGGAAGGACGGCGGGAGGGUCUUUGUGAAGCAGCCAGACCCCCACGAAGAGGCCCUGAGGAUCCUGAAGGGGCAGAUGAGCCAAGCGGCGGCGGCACCUGGCCCCCUGGUGCCCCGAGAGGCCGUGGCCCUGAUGAAGCCUGUGACCAGCACACCAAGGCAGUCCCCGGGGCCUACUCCAGAGCUGCCCUCAAGGUCCCUGGAGCCCGACGAAGACCCUGUGCAGACACGGCUGCACCGCCUCCUCAACCCUGACUUCUAUGGCUACCAGGACGCCCCCUGGCGGAUCUUCCUGCGCAAAGAGGUGUUCUACCCCAAGGACAGCUACAGCCACCCUGUGCAGCUAGACCUCCUGUUCAGACAGAUCCUGCACGACACGUUCUCCGAGGCCUGCCUGCGCAUCUCCGAGGAGGAGAGGCUCAAGAUGAAAGCUCUGUUUGCCCAGAACCAGCUGGACACACAGCAGCCACUGGUGACGGAGAGCGUGAAGCGGGCUGUGGUCAGCACCGCGCGCGACAGCUGGGAGGUCUAUUUCUCCCGCCUCUUCCCCGCCACGGGCAGCGUGGGCACCGGGGUGCAGAUCCUGGCUGUGUCUCACACGGGCAUCAAACUCCUGCGGAUGGUCAAGGGCACCCGCACGGCCAGCGGGCAGCUGCGGGUCCUGCGCACGUACAGCUUUGCAGAUAUCCUGUUUGUGACUAUCCCCUCCCAGAACAUGCUGGAGUUCAACUUGGCUAGCGAGAAGGUCAUCCUGUUCUCUGCCCGAGCUCACCAGGUCAAGACCCUGGUGGACGACUUCAUCCUGGAGCUGAAGAAGGGCUCAGACUAUGUGGUGGCUGUGAGGAACUUCCUGCCCGAGGACCCCACGCUACUGGCCUUCCACAAGGGCGACAUUAUUCACCUGCAGCCCCUGGAGCCUCCUCGAGUGGGCUAUAGCGCUGGGUGCGUGGUCGGCAAGAAGGUCGUGUACCUGGAGGAGCUGCGGCGUCGAGGCCCCGACUUUGGCUGGAGGUUUGGGACCAUCCAUGGGCGUGUGGGCCGCUUCCCUUCUGAGCUGGUGCAGCCCGCAGCCGCCCCUGACUUCCUGCAGCUGCCCACCGAGCCAGGCCGGGGCCGUGCUGCUGCCGUGGCCGCUGCCGUGGCCUCGGCCGCUGCUGCACAGGAGGUGGGCCGCAGGAGGGAGGGUCCCCCAAUCCAGGCUGGUUCCGCUGACUGCGGGGAGGACGGCCUGGCUUUCCCACCGUACACAAUGCUGGAGUUCGCCCAGAAGUAUUUCCGAGACCCUCAGAGGAGACCUCAGGAUGGCCUAAGGCUGAAACCCAAGGAGGGUCGGGAAUCCAGAACUUUGGAGGACUUGCUUUGUUUCACCAAGACCCCGCUCAAGGACUCCCUCAUCGAGCUCAGCGACAGCAGCCUCAACAAGAUGGCCACAGACAUGUUUCUAGCUGUGAUGCGGUUCAUGGGGGAUGCCCCGCUGAAAGGCCAGAGUGAACUGGACGUGCUUUGCACCCUCCUGAAGCUGUGCAGGGACCACGAGGUCAUGCGGGACGAGUGUUACUGCCAAGUCGUGAAGCAGAUCACAGACAACACCAGCACCAAGCCGGACAGCUGCCAGCGGGGCUGGAGGCUGCUGUACAUCGUGGCUGCCUACCACAGCUGCUCUGAGGUCCUCCAGCCACACCUCAUUCGCUUUCUCCAAGACGUGAGCCGGACCCCAGGCCUGCCCUUCCAGGGGAUCGCCAAGGCCUGUGAGCAGAACCUGCAGAAAACCUUGCACUUUGGUGGCCGCCGCGAGCUCCCAAGCAGCAUGGAGCUCCAGGCCAUGUUGGCGGGCCGCAGUUCCAAGAGGCAGCUCUUUCUUCUCCCCGGAGGCCUCGAGCGCCAUCUGAAAAUCAAAACAUGCACCGUGGCCCUGGACGUGGUGGAGGAGAUCUGUGCUGAGAUGGCUCUGAUGCGCCCCGAGGCCUUUGACGAGUAUGUCAUCUUUGUUGUCACCAACCGAGGCCAGCACGUGUGCCCGCUUAGCCGCCGCGCCUAUAUCCUGGACGUGGCCUCAGAGAUGGAGCAGGUGGACGGUGGCUACAGGCUGUGGUUCCGGCGUGUGCUCUGGGAUCAGCCACUCAAGUUCGAGAAUGAGCUAUACGUGACCAUGCACUACAACCAGGUGCUGCCCGACUACCUGAAGGGCCUCUUCAGCAGUGUGCCGGCCGGCCGGCCCAGCGAGCAGCAGCUGCAGCAGGUGUCCAAGCUGGCUGCGCUGCAGCACCGGGCCAAGGACCACUUCUACCUGCCCACCGUGCGGGAGAUCCAGGAGUACAUCCCAGCCCGGCUCUACCACACCAAAGCCGGCUCCACUUGGCAAAGCCUGGUCAGCCAGCAUCGGCAGCAGACGCAGGCACUCAGCCCCCACCAGGCCCGCGCCCAGUUUCUGGGCCUCCUCAGUGCCUCACCCACGUUUGGCUCCUCCUUCUUCUUCGUCCAGAGCUGCAGUAGCCUGGCCGUGCCGGCCCCCUGCAUCCUGGCCGUCAACCAGAAUGGCCUCAGCUUCCUCAGCACCGAGACCCAUGAGCUGAUAGUGAAGUUCCCCCUGAAGGAGAUCCAGUCGACGUGGACCCAGCGACCCACGGCCAGCUCCAGCUAUCCCUACGUGGAGAUCGCACUGGGGGACGUGGCUGCCCAGCGUACCAUGCAGCUGCAGCUGGAGCAGGGCCUGGAGCUGUGUCGAGUGGUGGCUGUGCAUGUGGAGAACCUGCUCAGUGCCCGGGAGAAGAGGCUCACGCUGCCUCCCAGCGAGAUCACACUGCUCUGACCUGGCCUCUCCAGCUCCCUCUACGGAAGCCUUGCUGUGUGACCCCAGGGGAGUUACUGGGCCAGAACCUGAGGGGAGACCAGGAGGCAGUAGGUGGAGGGCCCCAAGUCCCCAGGAACCAGAGAAGACCGAUCCA